GUUGUACAACCUGCAAGUUUGCGUUGGUCAACGUGACUGACGAAGUGCUUCUUCUUCUGUUUGCCAAGCGAUAAUACUAAUUGCUUUCCCAUCACAUAAAGUGUUUGAAAGGGGUGGCAGCGACAAGAUAAGCAAGAAAGAGUAGUAGGAGAGCAUAAUAUUAAGCAAUACACACGAUACGGACACCUCUCUUCCUUUUUCUUUAAUUUUAUUUACUCAAACUUGCCAUAAACUAGGAAAAAGUGAGGACAGAGAACUUUCCAAAAUCUGUUCGGAAUAGGUUCUGUGAUCCUGUUGUUGCUAGUUUGAACCGCAAAGCCCCAAAAAAAGAAAGAAAGAUUUUAUACAGCACCCAACCAACCAUCCUCAUCCAGCUAAAUAGCAUCAUCAUAGGCAUUUUAUUAUCAUGAGGUUGUUCUUCUUGCAUCAGUUCUUCACUCGAAAACCUUGCAAACAACAACACUACUCUAAUACCUACUAAACCAAACUUUACCAUCGACUAUACUGGAGAAUACUUACUUCUGUAUAUAGAAAAGUCACGCAUAAAGUGAUGUGACGUAGUUGAACGAGUAUUAAUAAUCUGCAAGCAGUAGUGGCAUUAUAUACGGAUUUAUUAAAUACUGCUGCUGCACUUCCUACUACUGCCCGUAAAAUAUGGUGAUUAAACAACUGGCGUAAAGAACAUGUUCCUCCGAGUGAGCUUUUUAUCCUUUCUUGAGACGUAAAUUAUAGUUUUGCAUCAAAUAUUGACAACGGCUGGGAAAUUUUAAACUCGUAGCGAAAGAAAAUGUGACAUCGAAGCUAAUAAUUAGCUUCCAAAUAAACUUACGAAUGGAGUGGUAGAAAGUACAUUCUCACAACUUUCACCCAAGCCAUAAAUGUGAUAUAACUUAUUACAUCAUUACAUUAUUUCGUAGCAAGGAUAUUUUCAACAUUAUUUAGUAAAAUCGGUGCUGCUUUUUGCCUCCAGUUUCGAAAAAUUGUUGUAUGUACGACUCUUAUAAACAUUGUAAUACUAUAAUAAUUAGUAGCACUAGUAAAUGAAGUACAGCCACCAAAUUAAAUCAUUUUAUGACUGAACAUCAGAUUAAGGAAAAUCAAUUUGAAAUAAAUUAUUAAUUCUAGUAAGAGAUAGGAACACUAACUCUGGGGUAGUACAGAAUCACAAAUUAAACAUUGUGAAUGAACUAAUCGGGACAUUUUAAUUGCUACUUUUGAACUUUGUGAUAUAUAGCAUAAUAAUAAUAAUAAUAAUAAUAGAGUCGAAAGUAUAAUAAAUUACGGAAUGCAUCUACGCUCACCAUAUACUAAUAAUUCUCACCUCAAUUGGGCGAAGAUAAUCAACAGCGCAACAACGAUAACUGUGUAUGCCUACAAUUAAUAAAAUCAUACACAGCUGAAACAGGGGAAGAGAUGAUAAGCAAAAUUGACGUGAACCAAAUUCAUCUACCAUUUUGAAACAAAACUUUGUCAACAGAGUAUAAACGAUUCAGUUGUUGUUGUUGGCGUAAAAUAAAAGCAAACUGCGAAAGAGUGACAAUAUUAAAGUGGUCAAUCAGUAGUGAGUGAAAGCAGGUUUAAAACCAAAAGCCCUAUGCUAUUGUUAACUUCAAGAUAUUAGUGACACUUGAUAAAAGUUGUUGAUGAACUUAAGGUCGAAUUCGAGUCAAAGUAGUGCCAGUAAUACAGAAAUCCAGUAGCUGUGUAGGACUGAUAUGUAAUUUAAUUUAAGCAGCUAAACUUUAAAAUUAUGUAAAAUAUUGCAGCUGAAAGAGAAAAAGGAAUGACAAUUUGUUAAACACUAAAUCUAAAGUAUUAAAUAUAUAAAAUCUAGCCCAUUUAUCAUAAAUAACUGUCGUAGCUUUUAUGAAAGUACACAUGUAAAGUAGUAAUAUUUUAUUAAGUAAACAUAGGAAAAGUAACACAGAGUCUUUGCUAAAACUUGUAUCUUUUAUAUAUAAAGGCGAGAAUUUGCAAAUUAAUAUUUCGUACAAAAAAGGACGUUGAAUUUUUGAAAUGGGGGCGAAGACGUCUACAGAACAGCGACCAAGGACUUUCUCCAACUCUGAGGGUGCACAUAAUCAUAAUCUGACUGGAUUUAACCAUAAUCACAAUUCGAGUAGCUCAAGUGUACCAGCACCCAUGACCCGUGGGUCACAUCCAUUCUCGUCCAAUGGAGACGGUGCGAGGGGACCGGUACGAGGUCGCUCUUAUUCGUCGUCGGCGAUGCAAAGUUCGUCAGCUUCAGGAAUAUUGGAACUGAGUGGGAGGAUAAAUUCAUUUGCGUCAGGGUUUUGGCCCGUUUCCGGAAUACGAUGUCCAAUCUGCAACAAAACGCUAUUGCCUGAUGACAUAGAAAUUCACCUCGUUAUGUGCUUAACUAGACCAAGACUUAACUAUAACGAGGAUGUUCUAAUCGAGUCAAAAGAUGAAUGUGUAAUUUGUCUUGAAGAAAUGGAAACUGGUCAAACAAUUGCGAGACUUCCUUGCCUUUGUGUUUAUCAUAAAUCAUGUAUUGAUAGAUGGUUCCAAUUCAAUCGAAGUUGUCCGGAACACCCGGACAGCUCCUAAUAAUACAAAUUAACUGUACGUAACCUAUUUAAUAAUAAAAAAAAGAAUGCCAUUUGAACUAAAAACCUG